GUGGAGAGAAAGAGUUGCAAAUAUGUUAAAUAGAAACAGUCAAAUCUGGAUGCUUGAAAAUGGUCGAGACAACACACAGUCGUUACCCACAUCUCCCACCCUCCCAGCAACCCUCCCCCUUCAAAAUUCUUUUUACAAUCAUCGCAUUAUUCCCCAAGGACCUCAGGUCAUAGAUGGGACUUUUGUAACUGUGGGUGGUCCAAAAAAACGGCGUGGAAACUUACCUAAAGCCACGACUGCCCUACUUAAGGACUGGUUGGCAAAGCACAAAAAGCAUCCCUACCCGACUGAAGAAGAAAAACAAGGUCUUGCAAAAGAGACCAUGCUGAAUUUACAGCAAAUUUCUAAUUGGUUUAUAAAUGCAAGAAGGAGGCAUUUGCCCCUUAUGUUAAAUUCGUCAAAUUCUAAAAGCACCGGUAAUGACCUAGAUAUAUAUCCGUACAAGGCUGCUGAAAAAGCUGAUG